CUGGUACCAUUACCAAAGAGCAGCGAACUCACGGACACGCUGCUCUUGAUCAUGCGAUACCACGCGAUACUAAGUUGUAUUAUUAAGUUAUUAUAUAUCGGCAAUUAUGAGGAAUAGUUGGGCAUAGUGAGAAAUAAUUUAAAUACCUGAAAUCUAUAAUAGUAGGUACUUAAGUACUAAGAGUAGAGCGGAAUUGGACAGGGGCAGAGGAAGUUGACUGUACGCGACUGAACAGAAUGGUUUAGCGAUUCGAACCAAGAUGGUACUGGAAAGUACGAUGAUAUGUGUCGACAACAGCGAUUAUAUGAGAAAUGGAGAUUUCUUACCAACGCGGCUGCAGGCGCAGCAGGAUGCAGUUAACUUGGUUUGUCACUCGAAAACGCGGUCGAAUCCAGAGAACAAUGUUGGCUUGAUAACGCUAGCCAAUGUCGAAGUACUGGCUACGCUUACCAGCGAUAUAGGCAGAAUUCUUUCCAAACUUCAUCAAGUCCAGCCAAAUGGUAAUUUAUGUCUAAUCACAGGGAUAAGAAUUGCACACUUGGCAUUGAAACACCGUCAAGGUAAAAAUCACAAAAUGCGUAUUGUGGCCUUUAUCGGUAGUCCAAUAGAAAUCGAUGAGAAAGAACUUGUGAAAUUAGCAAAGAGAUUGAAGAAGGAGAAAGUGAACGUGGACGUGAUCAGUUUUGGGGAAGAGAAUGCCAACAACGAAGUACUGACUGCAUUUGUCAAUACUUUGAAUGGGAAGGAUGGAACGGGCAGUCACUUGGUCACUGUCCCGCCAGGACCGCAUUUGUCAGAUGCACUGAUCUCUUCUCCCAUCAUACAAGGGGAGGAUGGUAUGGGUGGUACAGGAAUGGGAGGGUCUGCUUACGAGUUUGGUGUUGAUCCAAACGAGGAUCCGGAAUUGGCAUUGGCUCUACGCGUUUCCAUGGAGGAACAACGACAGCGUCAAGAGGACGAAGCACGGCGUGCACAAGCCAACGAAACGGCUACGAACAAGCCACCGGAAACGAUCAAGGAAGUGCACAACGAGGAAGCCAUGCUGAAGCGUGCACUGGCUAUGUCGCUCGAGGGAUCGGAGAAGACUUCUUCGACGGCCGAAAAUGUCCCCGCCGCUCCCGCUAACACGAAUGCUCCCGAUUUCGCUCGCAUGACCGAAGAGGAACAAAUCGCUUUCGCGAUGCAGAUGUCUAUGCAAGAUCAACAAGAACUACUGGAGGAAUCUCUGAAGGAGGAAGCGAUGGAAGUCGAGGAAGAUUAUGCCGCGGUCAUGUCUGAUCCGGCGUUUUUGCAAUCGGUGUUAGAAAAUUUACCCGGAGUCGACCCCCAUUCCGAAGCCGUCCGUCAAGCUGUUGGAUCCCUUCAGCAGAACAAGGAUAAAGACAAAGAUAAGGACAAAGAGAAAGAGAAAGAAAAGGACAAGGACAAGGAUAAGGAUAACAAAUGAAAGAAAUCUAAGCUCGUUUAAUACAUUAUCCCGUAUAUUACUCACUGUUCUGUGAAUAUCUAUGUACCAAAUACAAGUUUCAGAUUUUUCAGAACUUUA